AUGGCGUAUGUUGCGAGUAAUAUUCUCAAAAGUGAUAGCAAAAAACGAAAAGUUGAAGUGAUUAUUACUAAAGGCUUGCCUGACAGGAAAAGGAGUCGGAUAGAAGCAAAAUGUAAACGAAAAGCUGCCCUGCUAUCGUUAUUGCGAGGCAAGCAAGUGCUAGAAAAAGAGAAAGAAAUAAAUGAGGAUGAUUCUGUUAAAAACAAGAAAGGCAAAAACAAUGUUUUAGUCAAUUGUUUGCCAGAUUUUAUGUCUGGUGAAAACAAAGAUUCAGUUGUAUCCAACAUUAAAGCACUUGCAAAAAUGCAGCAGGAAACUUUGGUCCACAUGAAAAAAAGACAGGGAACUCCAGAGCUUUUGCUAAAAUUCCCUGCUUUGGAUAUAAGUGAAACCUCAACAGAUCUCUACUCAAAGAGUGAAGUUUCUCCACCAUUGUUUCUCACAGACCUCCAACAACUACUGCUUUAUGCGACAAUUGGACCAGCUGCGAGCUUCAAGCCCAGGUGGUGUCAGUUGAAAAAUAGUAACAAAGUUUCUUCGACGUUUCUUAUUGUACUCAAAUCUGUCAGCUUAGCAGACUUCAGAAAACACAAAGAAUGCUUCCCAAACUUAAUCAAGCAUUUUAAGCAGGCGGUCGAGAUGAUCAGUCCAACACAGUUUGGAAACACGGCAGAGGAAGAAUUCUUCAGAGUACCAGUUAGUGUCAACCAUUUAUGGAAACUGGGAGUGACGAGAAGCAAAGGGAAGCAACUCAUGGCACAAAGCUUAAAAAAAGAAAGAGAUGUUCACCCGGUCAAAUAUGCAGGUCCUGAUGCUUUUCCUCGUACAUUAUUACUUCUGAAUCCUUUACAACUGGCUCAAGAGAAUUAUCCUCUUCCUGUUAAAACUGAGAAUGACUGCUACAAAGAGUAUGUUUUUUCCCAAGACACUUACGAAAAGGUUACAGAUCAAAGUCCGCUUUUUGGUCUUGAUUGUGAAAUGUGUAAAACAGCAGAUGGGAAAAAUUCUGUCACACGUGUCUCACUUGUGAAUGAAAAAAUGGAAACUGUCUACGACACUUUAGUGAAACCAAAAUAUAAAAUUAUUGAUUAUGUCUUCCAAUUCAGUGGAAUAACACCCAAGAUGAUGGAGCCCGUAACUACAACAUUACAAGAUGUGCAGCAUAAAAUAAAAUCCUUACUUCCAAAAGAUGCUAUUUUAUGUGGACAAUCUUUGAAUUUUGAUUUGGACAGCUUAAAGAUGUUCCACCCUUAUGUGAUAGACACCAGUACCAUCUAUAAUCUUUCUGGUUUUAAGAAUAAGAAAGUUGGCUUAAAAAGACUGACAUCACAUUUUCUUGGGAAGGAAAUUCAGUGUGGUAAUCAGGGACACAGCUCUGUAGAAGAUGCAUCUGCAUCCAUACAACUUGUCUUAUUAAAGCUCAAACACAGUUUAGAAUUUGGUGAUCUGGCUCUCUACAGUGGUCCACUCAUAGAUUGUGACUGGAAAAUUCCAAGGGAAAUAAGUAGUGAAUCAUAUGCAAUCCAUGGGAACAGGAAGUAUUUCUUUAAUGCUGGAGAAAAGUCAAUCUAUCGGAGUUUUUUUGAGAUAUUAACUGAAAAUGAAAAGAAAAGCCUGAUGAUUGACCGAGAAGUUGUGACUCAUUUUUAUGAAAAUGAGCCCAUGAUUUUGGAAAGUAAAACGACUGAUGUGGAAGCUGUUGCCACUGCACAAAAAUCUCUCUACAACAAUGAUUUCACUUGGUUACAGCUGAAUGGAUUUCAUGAGAUCUUACACACUUCACCAGACACACACGGUAUUAAGGAUUGUUUCUGCAUGUUGGAUUCACAAGUUGGCAAACUUCUAGAAAGUAUGUUUUCCAAAAUGAUGGUGGCUGUUCUGCUCACUGGUCGCAACAGUGACAAAUAUGAAUGUGAAAAUGCAAUGACUUUGGUGAAGAUUACUUAA